AUGCAUGUCAAUGUCCUCAACACGUUGAUGAACAUUAGCAUGCAAAGGCUACCUUUCACCUUCUUUAAAGACACUGUCACUCUUUGCCCUAUUAUCAUCAUGCAUACACCUCAAAAUAUUACAGUCAUGGUGACGAGUAAGUGUUUUCUUGUAGUUUUGCUCUUAUCUCUGCUGCAUUCUUUUGCCUUGCUUUGCUCCGCUGCUUAUCCUUCCGGCGGAAGAAGCAGUAAGGAGGAUGACCCUCAGGAGGAUGAUAUUGGAGUCUUCAACCCUUUCUUUUUCCCUCAAAGAAAAUUUGCAUUUGGUCGAUACCAGGAAGACAAUGGCAGUUUAUGGGUGCUCCACAAGUUUUAUGAGAAGCAUCUUAUACUUAAGGCUUACAACGAGUACCGAGUUGCCUUACUAGAAGCAAAUCCCAACACUUUCGUCCUCCCACACCACUGUGAUGCCGACAGAAUUUACGUCGUUACAAACGGGAAGGGAACGCUCACGCUCUUGACUGAUAAGAACAGAGAAUCCUAUAGUUUAGUCCCUGGAGUUGUUGUAAGAGUUCCAACAGGAACCACUGUGUAUUUGGUGAACCAAGACGACAAGGAAAAGCUAAACAUUGCUGUACUCGUCCGCCCUGUUAACAACCCUGGGAAAUUCGAGGAAUUCUUCCCUGCCGGACAAUAUCCUCAGUCAUUUUACCGACACCUCAGCCUUGAUGUUCUUGAGGAUGCUCUCAAUACACGAAGUGAGCUGCUAGAUAGGUUGUUACAAGCGAAUCAAAGCCAGCAGGGAAUGUUCCGUAUAGCCAGCCAAGAGCAGAUAAAGACAUUGAGCAAAGGAGCCAGUACGCCUAGUGAGAAAGAAGAGGGAUUAGCCUUCAACUUAUUUGCCCAAAACCCCAAAUACUCCAACCAAAACGGAAAAUUCUUCGAAGCUUGCCCUCGUGAAUUCGAGCUACUCCGGGACUUGGAUGCCGGCCUCGUAGGACUCGAACUAAACAAAGGAUCAAUCUUUGUACCGCACUACAAUACAAAGUCUACAUUCGUGAUCAUUGUCACAGAAGGAAGCGGGUACGUGGAAAUGGUUUGCCCUAUUGCUCCUGAGAAAAGCUACCAAGGAGAAAAGGAAGAGGAAGAUGAAAAGGCCCAAAGGGAAAUAGAAGAGGAAAUUGAACGGAGGGAGGAAAAGAUUGCUGGACACUACGCGAAAAUGAGAGUCCUAUUAUCUGCCGGCGACGUAAUAAUAACUCCGGCAUGCCAUCCGGUCACAUAUUUCACACCCGAAGACCAGCACUUGAGGUUCAUAGCCUUCGGACUCUAUCACCAGAACAACACAAAGAUCUUCAUAGCCAGAAAGGACAACGUGGUGAAGCAAAUGGAUAGUGCGGCGAAGGAGCUGUCCUUCGGGGUGCCGUCGAGUUUGGUCGAUGAGGUAUUCAACAACCUGCCAGAGUCUUACUUUGCGUCUCGACAGAGCCAACAACGUGGAUCUGAAGCCUCGAACCUGGACUUUGCUCGUUUGUUCUAG